GUGUGUGGUGUCACAGGCUGUGUGGUGGUGUGCAAUGGUGGCCAUGCAAUGCUUCCUUGGUUGAUGUUUAUGGUUGAUUUCCAGGUCACUUCAGAGCCACGGCUGCUCGUAGCUGGCGCGCUUCGUUCAAAACUUUGUUCUUGACAGCUACGAUGAAGCUCGACACGUACGAAGCGAUCAAAGAAAAGCUGCAUUCACUCGAUCGUCGCAGUUGUUUGGGAGUGUUGCGAUCAUGUUUUCCGGACGUCGGCGAGGACACCCUUCGCCACAUCAUAUCGAGCGAAGUGCAGCGGAAGAUCAAGCGAACGUACCACACACUCGUCUCACCCGAAGUCGCGGACGAACAUUACAGGUGCUACAGCGAGUGCGUCGCGGCAUCAAAGGCGCCUGGCUUUCUGCUGCGCUACGCCGACCAACAGGGAGUCACUCCUGCCCUGAUGGCGCGUGUCAUCAUCGAGAAACACUACGAGAGGACCAAAAAACCUCCUUCUAAGCAAGAGCUGAGUCAAAUGCUGAAAGACAGUGCAAACAUCGACGACGGUGCCUUGGCGACCGAAGUGUUUAUUUGCGUAGUCAACGACAAAAACUACGGACCGUUCGCAGACGCGAUGAAAAACGCAGUCGGUGUAGAGUACGAGGUUCGACUCAAGACGGAGCUCGCCGACCUGAAGCUGGCCUUCGUAGACGAGAAUGUGCUCAGAGAACGCGGCUACGACAAGACGCCCGACGUCAAGCUCGAGGUUCCCAUCGUGGUCGACGGCACCGUCGUGACGUGGGUGGAAAGCAAAGCGCAGUUCGGCGAUCCCGAAGGCCACAGGGUUUACGUGCGCGACCAGUACCACAGCUACUGGAACCGUUUCGGCCGAGGCCUGGUCAUCUACUGGUUUGGCUUCGUCGACGAGAUCGUCUCUACGCGCGACGAGGGAUUCUUAGUUCGAGACCACAUGCCCAAGAACAUUACGCGCAUGGAAGAGCUUACGUUAAAGUGAUGCGUGCCAAGACCGCGUAGUGUGUGUGCGCCCCAAGCAUUCUGCAUGUAACGUCACUGUGGCUCAACAGUUUUGCUGCAGAACACGAAUUCCUCAGAUCGAGUCCUGUAUAUGUCAAGGCAAGGACGUCCCAGCUAGCUUCCAAGACCUUUGACUCGACUACGGACACUGUACUACAUAAAUGAAAGGAACGAAAACUGAUGCAGUUGGUGCAACUGCGCACCAAAUAAAUGGCCAAGUGAAGCUUACCUCAAUGAUUUUUUU